UAGAGGCGAGGCGGAAGAGGCAAAGAUGGCGAAAAAGAGCUACGACUACCUCUUCAAACUGCUUCUUAUAGGAGACUCUGGUGUCGGGAAAACAUGUAUACUGUUCAGAUUUUCAGAUGAUGCUUUUAACACAACAUUUAUCUCGACAAUAGGAAUUGAUUUCAAGAUCAAGACCAUUGAAAUGCAGGGUAAAAAGAUCAAGUUACAAAUAUGGGAUACUGCUGGACAAGAAAGAUUCCACACUAUAACUACAUCAUACUAUAGAGGGGCUAUGGGUAUAAUGUUAGUGUAUGACAUAACACAAGAAAAGACAUUUGAUAACAUUUCAAAGUGGCUGCGAAACAUUGAAGAGCAUGCUAAUGAAGAUGUUGAAAAGAUGAUCCUUGGUAACAAAUGUGAUAUGGAUGACAGACGAAUAGUGAGCAAAGAAAGAGGGGAACAGAUUGCUAGAGAACAUAGCAUCCGCUUUUUAGAAACAAGUGCAAAGACAAAUGUCAAUAUUGAAAAGGCAUUCCAUGCUUUAGCUGAAGACAUUCUUAGGAAACAACUCAGUAAAGACACUGAAGAACCAUCCAACAAUAUUCAUGUCACUGAUCAAAAGGACAARAAAAGCUCAGGGUGUUGUUAAAAAAUCAUGCACACUUCAUCAUUCAUCUGGAUUUCAAGCUGCCAUUUUAUUGUGAACUCUGCAAAASUACUUUGAGAUUCUCUGUUUUGAGUGCACUUUGUUGAAAGCCAGGAUUCUCUCAUAUAUACUGUAUUGUCUGUCUAAAUUAGAAAGAAAUCCCAAUUAGGGCAGGGGUAAAUAGUGCCAUUUGUAAUGAAGAAAGAGAUAAUUUUGAUUGUUGUCAGUGAGAAUGUUUUUUGACUCACUUCUAAUUGCAAAAAUGUUGUCAUAAAGAUACACCUACUUGCAAAAAUGUUGUCAUAGAAAAAAUAGGACAUUUGUAUUUAGUAUAAAGGAAUAAAUUAAAAAGGCAAAAGAAGAUMACUGAGGCUGAAUGCUCUCUUUUGUCUUGUUUUAAUUUUCUAAAUUCAAAUGUUUUCUAUUACAAAGUUUCUACAAGUAGAUGAAUUAGUAAAAAGGAAAUUCAUAAAACUUGAGUUUUGUUAAAUUUGGACAUGGGUGGCUGUUUUUAAAAAGUAAUCAUAAUAUGUAAAUCUUAAGGGGCACCAAGCCUACUCAUUGCGACUUUUUUUCAUGUAUUCCUUUAUGCUAUGGUAAAGAGUGAAUGUUCUCUAGGUCCAUGCAUGACAGCAUUUUCUGCAGUUAGUUGCAGACUCAGUUAUAGCAUUUGAGUUAUACAAUAUUUUGUUGGACCACAAGGAAAGAAACUCUUAUAAGGUUGAUGGUAUGAUUAUAAACAUUAGGAAGGAUGGGUAUGAAUUUUGAGGACUUGGAAAUAUAUCAAGUUAAAAUUAGUUAUCCACAGACUUGUYCCUUUCAUCUUUAUGAAAUCUCUUACAUAUUACUUUCAUCUGAAGUUGUGUUUAUUUUGUAAUUUAAUUUUUAUGUAGUACCCAAAUGAUAUCUUAAACUCUGUAGCUAUCUUAUCCUCAUAGUUAUAACAUCUAUAUACAUGUAAUUAGGUAAAAUAGUCAAAACCCUUGUUGUAAUCUAAAAUAAUUUAUGCACCACAGGUAGCCUAAUAGUUUCCAGCUACAAGUUGGGAACUUUCAUAAAUCUAGGGUUUUCUCUGAUGUGGGUGCAUUCACUUUGUAUUAAAAUUGACAGAUUUAUAUUUCCAUAUUAAAGUAGUUAAUGAGUUAGUAUUUAGACUAUUACAAUGUGUGAUGGGAUAUAUUGCUGCCUUGUUUCSAUGAUUGUUACUGGACAUGCUUGAGAACCAUCGUUCUGAAUUUGUUAUGGUACAAGAUAAAGUUAUUGUUUUUUUAAUAAAAGGUUCUUCACUGA